AUGUCGACUAUAGCCUCGCCUCGGCCAUCGAUCUCAUUGUCGUCCCGCCGCACCUCCACCUCCACAGACACCACUACCCGAUCAACCUCAACUUCCCGCCCACCACCAUCCGGCGCCAGCAGUCUUCGUCGCAAUCGCACAGCUCUUCGCGACUAUUACAAGCUCAAAGAUGCCGCAUCAGUCGACGCACGUGAUGCGCCAGAGGCAGAAGGCACCAUCACAAGUGAGCUUGACCGCCCUGACUUCGAUGCCCAGGAAUAUGUUCAGUCUCUACUCGCACGAGAAGGACUAGAAGGUGUAUUGAAGAUUGAAGCGGGACUGAUCAGUGGAAUACGGGGUCUAGAUGGCGAGAAGAAGGCGCUGGUGUACGACAAUUAUUCAAAGCUUAUUGCGGCCACGGACACGAUACGAAGGAUGAGGGAGAAGAUGGAUCCCGUCACUGAGACGAGCAAUUUGAUGGGCGAUAUUGGGCAGAUAGCGGAGAGAGCAAACAUGUUGUCUGACGGGUUGAGCAAGGGGAGUGCUGGCCAGCGUGGAGGUGGUGGGAACUUGGAGCAGCAACGCCAGACUGUGAGGUGGGUCUUGGAUGCUCCUCGACGGCUUGGACAGAUGGUCGAUGAUAGCAAGCAUGCUGAAGCGGAGGCGGAGAAAGACGAGAUCUUCACGCUUUUGGACGGCUGGAAAGGAGUCAAUGGUGUGGAAGGGGUACGGCGUGGAUGUGAAGCAGCACUUGAGCACCAGCAAUCUGGCUGA